AAGAAAAAAGCUCAAGCCCAUUGACUUCGUCUUCUACCUCCAAUUCUUACAGUCGCAUUUUCCUUUCUCAAGGCGUCUAUUUCCUUGGCCAGAGACAGUCGUAUCCGACUCUGUCUUCCAUUACUAACUUGUCUACCACCUUCGCUGCCGUUUUCCACCUUUGUUUAAAGUUUACCUAUUCAUGAGAAAACACGACUGAAGCAGCUUCCCGUGAUUACAAGUCUUGCUAAACACUAGGUACCAACGUCGGACCCCCUUUCCACCACUCAGGUCUGGAUUUGAAGUUGGAUUCGACGGCAACUUUUCUCAUUCAAAUUUUUGUUAAAAAUUUAGGUUUCGGACGUGCGAAACUGAAGACCUACAUUUGGUUCUGCUGACGGAAAUUCUUUCUGUAGAUCUUCCGACUUCCCGAGGGCUAGCGCCCACAUAAAUUUGGCUAUGGAUGAAGGCAAGGGCUGUUUUUCCUCCUGCAUGGCAUCAAAUCUAACUGCCACUGUGGUUCUUAUCAUCACUGUUACUGUAAUCCUGAUUCGUGUUUCAUAUGUGAUAUACUGGACUGGGAAACCUGUUCGCAGAACAUGCAGAAAAUCUUUGAGUACUCUGGUUGUUUUAGGUUCAGGGGGACACACAGCGGAGAUGCUUAAUCUCUUAAUGGUGUUGCAAAAGGACAGGUUUACUCCUAGAUUCUACAUUGCUGCUGCUACGGACAAUAUGAGUCUGCAAAAAUCUCGUGUGUUUGAGAGCUCGUUGGAUGAUACGACAGGGAAACAUGGGGUUGCCAUGCAGUUCGUGCAGAUAUAUAGAAGCAGGGAAGUUGGUCAGUCAUACAUCACUUCUGUCUGGACAACGUUGAUCGCUAUGGCUCAUGCAUUAUGGCUAAUGAUAAAGACAAGACCACAAGUGCUUCUCUGCAAUGGUCCUGGGACUUGCAUUCCCUUAUGCAUAAUUGCAUUCGUUUUCAAGGUGGUGGGAAUUAGAUGGUCAUAUAUAUUUUAUGUUGAGAGUAUAGCUAGAGUGAGGAGGCUCUCGUUAAGCGGCUUGAUUCUCUACAAAUUAUGCAUAGCUGAUGAGUUGUUUGUUCAGUGGCCACAACUGCAGAAAAAGUAUCCUCGCGCUCGAUAUGUUGGCUGUCUUAUGUAGUCGAUACAACUCUGCCCUUCUCGUUUAUACUCGCUUAAAAUCCUCGUAUGUAUGUUACAUCAACAUUUGAACUAUUCAUGAUAACAACUAUUCUUCUUAAUUUUAUUCUUAAAUUUGUCCAA